GGGGCGAGCGCGAUCCCUCUCUCAUCACCGCGAGGCGCGCCUGCGGCUCAUGUAGCCCCGCAUCUCCAGAGACUGCUACCUCGGACUCGUGCUUUCUCCUUUCCUCCCCCUUCCUAAAGGAGUACCCAUCCCUUCGCCCCACGCCUGGGACCUGGGGACUAUAAAGUGAAAAUGGAGCAACAAGAACCAGCAGGUUCUUCUCAAAAUACCAAGCAGUCUAUUAUUUCAGAAGAGCUAAUUUCAGAAGGAAAAUGGGUCAAGCUUGAAAAAACAACUUACAGAGAUCCUACUGGUAAAACAAGAACUUGGGAAACUGUGAAGCGGACAACGAGGAGGAAAGGCCAGUCGGCUGACGGUGUGGCGGUCAUCCCCGUGCUGCAAAGAACCCUUCACUAUGAAUGCAUCAUUCUGGUGAAGCAGUUCCGACCCCCGAUGGGGGGCUACUGCCUAGAAUUCCCCGCCGGUCUCAUCGAUGACAACGAAAGCCCAGAAGCAGCGGCUCUUCGGGAGCUCGAGGAAGAAACUGGCUACAAGGGCGACGUUGCUGAAUGUUCUCCAGCUCUCUGUAUGGAUCCAGGUUUGUCAAACUGUACCACACAUAUCGUAACCGUAACUAUCAAUGGAGACGAUGCUGAAAACGUAAGGCCUAAGCCAAAGCCAGAAUUUGUGGAAGUGAUUUCCUUACCAAAGAAUGACCUGCUGAAGAGACUUGAUGCUUUGGUAGCUGAUGAACAUCUGACAGUGGACGCCAGAGUCUAUUCCUAUGCUCUGGCGCUGAAACAUGCAAACACGAAGCCGUUUGAAGUGCCCUUCCUGAAGUUUUAAGGCCAAAGGACAGUCGCCGUGUUUCUGUAACCAGGACACAGGCCUCCUUCAUUAAGACUUUGUAUUCAGCUUAGUUUCAACGGAGAUUUGAAAUUAGUUUUUUCAUAAAAUAAAAGCACAGAAUGCAUGUCGUGGUAUGGAAUUGUAAUUACAGGUAGAUCAUAGCCUUCAUUUAAAUGCUAGACUCCAGCUAAUAUUAAAGAACAACAACAUAAAUGCAGGUAAAUGUUUAAUCUAGCUUUCAAAAGAGAAAGCUCAGCUGUCAACUUCUCUGCUCUAAUCCAGGAGAUACAGUAUUUUCAUAGGAAAAUAGACCUGAAUUCCAAUUAGGUCAACUCUUCCCAACCCCACUAAAAAAUAUGUAGCAAGAUAUGCAAACAACCGUUUAUGGCAUUAGAGCUUUUUUAAAAGACAGACCUAUAUAGGGACUUUCUUGGCCUCUCCUAAUUAUCUGCUAUAUGGAAUUACUCUGCAUAGCAGAGGAUAUAAAAGAGAAUAACAUUCGUAAUAAGCAAAUGUUUCCAGUUAGCUAGUGUCCUCAUAGCCAUUUAACUACUGGAGGGUGGCCAGCUCUUAUGUAAUGAAAAACGGUCAAUUCAUUCACGUACCAGGGUUCAGAGGCUAAUGAAAAUACAGGGCCCUUCCCUCAAGCACGUGUAUAUACUUCAGAAUCUCAUUUCCUAUCCUUACUUCAAAAAGUACUUGAAGUUUCUAAAAAACCAAACCCACGGUAAUAAGAUUUACAUGGUUUGGGGCACUGUCUUGGUGUUAAACCAUGAGUGUAGCCAGCACAGUCGGCAAGUACCAGAAACAAGCUUCUUUAAAGGAAAAUAUGGAUUGUUUCCGGCUCAUGCCAUGCCCAAACUUCCCCUGCCCCCAAUCCUCAAGGUCCACCAGUGUCACUGGCCAUUUUCUUACCUCUUGAGCUUGGCUGUUAUGUGGACUUGGGUAGCCUCAGAGGCUCCAGGGUUACUGCCUCUUUGGUGUAGAAGUCUCUGGAUGGUUCUCAUUGGCUACCCCUAAGUCAUGUUUCCAGCCCUGGACCAGGGGUUAGCCAGGCCCCUCAGAACCAGAGAAGAUCAGGGGACUAAUGCCAAAAAGGCUGCAGUACAGUUUGCUUGUCUGCAGGUUCACUGUCUUACCUAGAGAUAUUUUUAUGAGCAAAAAUAGAUCUUUAUAUUGUACUUCCUAAAAAGAAUGGAAAGAAUCAUGCAACUAGAGAACCGUAUAGAUGAAGUCUACUCUCCCUGUGAAUACUACGAAAAUUCAGCCUCAACUA